UGGGUCCGGAGCUGGGACAUGGAGUCCGGGCAGCAGCCGGUGUGGCGCGGCCUGGGGCUGCUCAGCAGAGGCGGGGACAACCCCGGGCUGGGCCCUGGGGGCUGCGAGAGGCGGCUGCUGUGGGUCGCGUCCUUGCUGUGCGUUUUGCUGGAUCUGCAGUUGCCAGGUUUGCUGGCUGCUGGGCAAGCUGAGAUAGAAAACCACCUGGAAAUGGGGCGGAAGCUAUUGGCCGCUGGGCAGCUGGCUGAGGCGCUAUCACACUACCACUCUGCAGUGGAAAGUGAUCCCAAAAACUACCUUACCUACUACAAACGGGCAACUAUCUACUUGGCCAUGGGCAAGUUCAAAUCGGCGCUCCCUGACCUCUCAAAGGCUAUUGAGCUCAAGCCGGAUUUCAUGGCUGCCCGAUUACAGCGAGGCAACAUCCUCCUGAAACAAGGCAGCACGCAGGAGGCCAAGCAGGACUUUGAAGCUGUGCUCCAAAGUAAUCCGGACAACACAGAGGCCCAAAGGCAGCUUGCGCGUGUCUCUGAGCUAGAAUUUUCCAUGCAAGAAGCCCGUACUGCCUUUCAGAGGAAGAACUACCUGGGAGCAAUCAGUAUUUUGGAUCAAGCAAUUGAGAUCUCCCCCUGGGACCCAGAAGCAAAAGAGCUGCGUGCUGAGUGCUACCUGUACCUUGGCGACUACAACAAGGCCAUCAUGGACCUGAAACCCACCACCAAGCUGCGUAACGAUAACAGGGCGGCCUUCCUGAAGCUCAGCAAACUCUAUUACAACUUGGGGGAGCACGAGGAUUCCUUAAACCAAGUGCGGGAGUGCUUGAAGCUGGAUCAGGACGACAAGGACUGCUUCUCCCACUACAAGCAAGUGAAGAAGCUCGCCAAGCAGCUGGAGUCGGCCGAGGAGCACAUCAGAUCUCAGAGGUACGAAGAUGCCAUUGAGAAGUAUAAAGCAGCCAUGAAAACCGAGCCCAACGUGGAGAUCUAUACCAGUAAGGCAAAAGAACGGAUCUGCCACUGUUUAUCCAAGAGCAAACAGCCUCAUGAAGCUAUAGACAUCUGCACAGAAGCCCACCAACUCGACCCCAGGAACAUCUUCAUCUUGCGUGACAGAGCUGAAGCCUAUAUCCUGAAUGAGGAGUUUGAGAAAGCCGUUGAAGACUAUCAAGAGGCCAAAGAGUUUGAUGGUGAAAACGAGGAAGUAAAAGAAGGGUUGGAGAGGGCGCAGAAACUGCUGAAGCAAUCGAAGAAACGGGACUAUUACAAAAUCCUUGGGAUCCGGAGGAGUGCAAAUAAGCAGGAAAUCAUCAAAGCCUACCGGAAGCUAGCUCAGCAAUGGCACCCUGACAAUUUCCAGUCUGAAGAUGAGAAAAAGGAGGCUGAGAAGAAGUUCAUUGACAUUGCAGCUGCUAAAGAGGUCCUGACAGAUCCAGAAAUGCGGCAGAAGUUUGACUCCGGCGAGGACCCCCUGGACCCAGAGAACCAGCAGGGAGGGGCAGGACACCAGCACCAGUGGCCCUUCGAAUUCAACCCUUUUGGUUCUGGGAACUUCCACUUCAAAUUCCACUUCAAUUAACUCGGAACCGAGCCUGGAACAGGAAGGCCAAAAAAAAAAA